UUUUAGAUCGUUGGAAUUGAUUUGGUCAGGAUCACAUCAUCUUUGCUUGCCAACGUUCUACCCGACCUCAGAGACCUUUUAGAUAUAAUGUUAGUCGGACAGAAGCUCGAGGGAGAAAUGGCAAAUUUUGUGAAUUUUCAGCAGGCUUUCUUCCGUAACAAUGACAUUUGGGUUGGUGACAUAUUGGCCGUUGGAACCAAUCAAGCUGUCAUUGAGAUAGUUGGUAAAAAAAUCAUCAUCAACGUCUCGGCUAUUGAAGCCUAAUUCCUGAAGAAUUCCAAUGUUCUCUUUUCACCAAAGUCAAAUUCCAUCACAUUCCAAAAAAAAUCUAAUAAUAAUUUCAAAAAAAAAGUAUGUAUUUCCUCUUCACUCUAAUCAGACCUAUUUAUUCCUAUCAUUUAUUUUCACUUAUCAAAAUUUCUGUCCCUCUUUUUUCGUUGUUCCACUUUUCGGUAAUUUAUUACUCAUGUAAAAUUCAAAAUUGCAAUAUCUAACUAUUUUUAUGUUCACUCUCAUGUGCUUCUCUUCUUUUUGUUUUCACUGGAGGUUUUAUUAAUGCGGCACACGCCAUCUUUUUUCUUUCAUAAAAUUUAAUAGCACAA